AUGAAAUUGAGAACGACGGAAACGGUUGAUACGGGUGAUGAUACGGAAACGGCAAACGGUGGACCUCAAUCUCACCACGAGGUAUCGAGGAGAAGGAGAAAAAGGCGGAAAGAAUUAUCGAAAACUGUCGUGAAUCCGGAUGAAAAUUUUUAUUUUUAUUGGUUAAUGACUGUGACAGUGUGCGUUUUAUACAAUAUGUGGACACUAAUUGUUAGACAAAGUUUUCCGGAAUUGCAAAAAGCCGCGAGUGUUUUCUGGUACGUAGGAGAUGGAUUUACGGAUGUCGUUUUUAUAUGUGAUAUUAUGGUACAAUUUAGAACGGGAUAUUUAGAACAAGGGUUGAUGGUUUACGAUUCUAAAAAACUAGCGAGUCAUUAUUUAAAAUCGCGAGCUUUUAUAUUUGACAUGUUAUCUUUGUUACCGUUAGAUUUUUUACAAUUAAACGUCGGAGUGAAUCCCAUAUUGAGAUUUCCAAGAUUUAUGAAAAUCUACAGGAUAUAUAAUUAUUAUUACAUGGUCGAAUCUAGAACUGUUUACCCGAAUUUAUGGCGCGUCGUCAAUCUCAUACACAUACUACUCAUACUCGCUCACUGGUUCGGAUGUUUUUAUUAUCUUUUAUCGGAAGCAGAAGGAUUUCAAGGGGAUUGGGUGUAUCCCUACAGGCCUGGAGAUUAUGCGACUCUCACACGAAAAUAUCUGGGAAGUUUGUAUUGGUCGACUCUCACUCUGACAACGAUCGGUGAUUUACCAACACCGGAAACCAACGCCGAGUAUUUGUUUACGAUAAUCAGUUACCUGAUUGGAGUUUUCAUAUUUGCGACAAUUGUCGGACAAGUCGGAAACGUCAUAACGAAUAGAAAUGCAAACAGAUUAGAAUUCGAAAGAUUACUCGACGGUGCAAAAACAUACAUGAGACAUCAUAAGGUACCGGGAGGUAUGAAAAGAAGAGUUCUUCGUUGGUACGAUUAUUCCUGGUCCAGAGGAAGAAUUCAAGGGGGCGGUGAUAUAAAUACCGCGUUAGGAUUACUUCCGGAUAAACUCAAGACUGAACUUGCUUUACAUGUUAAUUUGAGCGUGCUCAAAAAAGUUACUAUAUUUCAAGAAUGUCAACCGGAAUUUCUUCACGAUUUAGUGCUCAAAAUGAAAGCAUAUAUUUUCACACCUGGAGAUUUGAUAUGUAGAAAAGGAGAAGUUGCAAGAGAAAUGUUUAUUAUAGCAGACGGAAUUCUCGAUGUUAUAAGCGAAACCGGAAGAGUUUUAACAACAAUGAAAGCUGGAGAUUUUUUUGGAGAAAUUGGAAUAUUAAAUUUAGACGGUUUGAACAAACGUACCGCUGACGUACGUUCAGUCGGUUAUUCUGAACUUUUUAGUUUAUCCAGAGAAGAUGUUUUAACAGCUAUGAAAGAUUAUCCGGAAGCUCAAGAAAUUUUACAAAAUUUGGGAAGGAAAAGACUGAUGGAAGCUAAAAAUGCUUCUAAAAUGCACAAAACAAUGAUUAAACAAAUAAAUUGUCACGAUUCUUCCGGUGAUAGCGAUACGACAGGGAAAAGAAUCGUUGAAAAACUACGAUCCGACGUGAAAGGUUUAAAAAACGUUCUUAGACGUAGCAGAAGAGGAGGUACGAGAACGAGGGAGGAUUCGAAUGAAAAUAAUCAACUUAAUUCUGGAAAAAAGCAAAGCGUUCUCAGACGAAUGAGCCACGUUCAAAGUUCUGAUGAAUUCGAGGAAAAUAACGAGGGGAGUCAACAACCCAUCGGUGCUGGAUUACCACUUUUACAAAGAAUAAAACGACUUAAAGAAAAACAAGAUAGGGAAAAGGAAAAGGAAGAAAGGGAAAAAUUAAAAUCGUCAAAUAAUAACGUGAAUGAAUCUGAUACUGAAGUCAUAGGAGCUGGAUUGCCUUUAACUCAAAGAUUAAAACUUUUAAAACAAAAAGAAGAAAGAGAAUUAGCUAAGAUCAAAGACUCGUCAUCGACGGUUAGAACUCAACUCACGGGUAUGAAAUUAGAGAAAUCAUCCUCUGAGAAAACGUCUAAUGCCACGACAUCGGACAUAUCUAAUCCUUCGUCAAAACCGAAAGAAGAUUCUACGAAUAAUAAUAAUAAUAGUAGUGGUAGUAGUAGUUGUAGCAGUAGUAAUAAUAAUAAAGAAUCGUCGGAGGGUAAAAAAACAUCGUUGAUUGAAAAACUAAAAAUAACCGUUAAAGAUAAUAAACAUUUAAUUUUAAAAACUAAUAAUAAUAAUAAUAAUAAUAAUAAUAAUAAUAAUAAUGAUUCGGAAACUCAUUUAAAUUCUAAUAUCGCAUCUCACGAAACGUCCGAGAUAGUGCCCGAAAUAAUUGAAACGGAUAAAAUAGUGCCAAAAUUGUUAGGGAGUAAGUUUGAAGUGCCAAAAAUAAAAAAUAGAUGGGAAUUGUUGAAAAAAUCAUCGCUCACGAGUUCGAAAUGUGGGAAAAAAUAUGGAACGGGCGGAAAAAAUAUGGUACGAAAAGUCGUUAAAAAAGGUACGUACCUGUCGAAAAGUGACACAGUUUUAGAAAAGCAAAAAACAUUCGACAGCGACGAAUACACUCAAUCGGAAAAUGACGAAUCGCCAAAUAAUGAAAAUAACAACAAUUUGAACAUUUUAAACAACGAAGAAACGGUGAAACGGGUCGAGUGUGAUCCGGAAACGGAAAACGAUCAACGCCUUAAUAUAAACAAUAAUACAAACAAUUAUCAAUCAUCAAACGAAAGUGAUAAUAUAAAAAAAUAUAAUUCGAUAAGUGACUUAAGUCCAGAAUAUUCGGGAUUGCCAUUCGUGAAAAAACUUAAAAUAUUAAACGAAAGACAAAAAUUAGCCGAAUUGGAAAAAGAAUUGAUCGUGAGAAGCGCGAGCCUGGAUGUACCCGAUCAUCAUCAUCAUCAUCAUUUAAAUUCGCAAAAGGAAAAAGGUAUUUUAACAAGAAGUCAAUCGGAAGCAAUAACCGUGGGGCACCUAUACGACAGGUCUGCCACCACAACAACAACAACAACAACCCUAUAUCGGAAAACGUCGGAUUUUAAUAAAUGUACAAAUCAAGAUUCUAUUUUAUCGUUAGAAAAUGACGUGGAUUUAGAAAAGGAUACGAAAAUAAGUGACUUAACGGAAACGAAAAAUUCAAUCGAGUCCAUAAUGUCGCCGGAAAGUAACGAAACGUUAGAAAGAAGACAUUUAAAAAGCAUAUUAAAAAAAUUAUCUCACGAGGGUACGAGCAGCGACGAAGACAAAGAAAGAACGGAUUUUAAAAAAAGGGAAAAUUUCGAUUUUAGAAAAUUAUUAAGGGAUCCUACAAUCGAAGGAUAUGCGGCAAGGCAUAAAAAACUAACGAAAAGUGUUACUUUCGAUAAUGAUACCCUUCUCACGUCGACCGAAUCAUUGGCUCAGGAAAAUACCGAAAAAGAAUCAAAAAGUUUUUCUCAAUUGAGUCCAACGGGAAUUCUAACAUUACAAUUGUCAAAUUUAAGCAUGAUACCCAUAGUGGGUUCGAAUGUUAAAAAAAAUUUAAUACCGGAUAAUUUGGAAGAAAAAAAUAUACUAACGGAUGAAGAAGUGGAAAUGGAAACGAUCAUUUCAAACAUAUUGGAUAAAUUACAAGAAAAAUUAUUGGAAAAAAUAAAAAUUUUAGAAAUGGGAAAAGAUGGCGGAAUGAAUCUUUAUCCCAUAGAAGAAAACGAAGGGAAAGCGUCGAAUUUUUUAUCGUGUAAAAAUAAUCAAGGUGGAGAUGGAGAAUUAUUACCGGAUAUUAUUUCCGGAGUCCAACAAAUAAUGCGUAACGUUUUGGUUGAAAUUCAAAACAAAUUUCAAUUUCGUUUUAACAAACUCGAAAUCGAAGUUGAAAAAAGAGACGAAAUCAUUUGUCAACUCAAAACGCAAAUAAAAGAAUUGGAGAAAGAAGAAUCGCACAAUUCGUAUUGUGAUCAAAAAUCAAUGAAAAAUUUUCCUUCAACCGUUAACGAUAAAGACAAUUUACGCUCAAUUUCGAAUUCACUCGAUGAAAAAUCGAAAAAUAUUAUCACGGGUAACAAGGGAAUGAUAAUUCAAAAUUUAACGGAAAAUGAUUCGACGACAGAAAGCGUAACGUUUAACGGAGAAGAUUUUAAAACUCACCUUUUAUCGAAAUCCGAUUGUAAUAAAUCUUCGAAAAUCUAUAAUUUAAAUCAAUCGAAAAAUAUAACCGCGGAAAGUGGAGGACAAUUCGAAUUACACAAUUUAUCAAAAUUUAUGAAAAUCUACGAAAUGAAACAACGUAAACGAUACAACCGCGAAGUGAAAAUAAAGAAAAAUUUAAGUGAAGAUGAAACUCACCAGAUGUCGCAGCAUUCGCCCAAACCUCAAAGGCGGUGGAGUUCGAGUUCGAAACCGAGGGAAGAAAAAUUCAAAUUGAAAGAUCGUUUAAAAGAAAAAUCGUUCGGUCGAACUUCGGGUUUUCAACGGUCAUUUAGUUGUUCUCAGGACGCGGAUUUCGUUGCUUUAAACAUGGACGAUGAUUCGGGUUCGAGUGACGUCGAACAACCGAACAAUAAAAAUUGGGAAAUAGAAAUGCUCGUUCAAGAAUGGGAAAAAUUAGAAAGUUCGAAAAGAGUUUUCGAUUUGUCCGACGAUGAUUGUUUGGAAAACGAAGAUGAAUUCAUUCAAUUGGAAGAUGUUAAAAGACUUCAGAAAGAAGUGAACACUCUCAAACAAAUGGUUUCGGAAAACGAUUUAACUCGGUUAUCGACAUCGGAAUUGGACAUGUUGGAAACGAUUUUAGAAGCCAAAGAUAAAAAAAUAUCACAGAUAGCAAGAUCGAGUAGUUUAGAUAACGAAAUGAAAACGGGUCUCCGUGAAAAAUCAAUUUAUUUCGGUUCGUACGAUUCCGACAGCAGACUGGAAAAACAUCAAAAUCACAAAAGGAAAAAAUUUUCAUUACAUAAAAAAUUAGGUCAAGCUUUUAGUUUUGAUUUUCACGACAUUGAAACCAAACCGAAAUCUCAUGAUAUGACGAAACAUAAAACGCCAUUAUUGAAAAAACAAAAAACCCUUCCGGAAUUCAACAGGGGGGAUAACCAAAACGUUUACGCUUUGUGGAACACUUCGAACCUUUUGAGACACAGAGUUUUAAAAGAUGGUUCAGAAUCAUCGAGUCAAUGUUUCAAAUUUAAAAAUUCAGGUUCAAGUUUGCCCAUGUUGAUUUCCAGGUCUUUAAACGGUGGAAACAAUACAAGUGUUAGAAAAAGUUUACCUAGUUUAUGCGGCAGCAAUGGCGGGGGCGGUAAAAAUCCAAUUUUCGCACAAAAUUCGGACGCUUCCGUUUGUUACGUCGACGAAGUGAACACUAAAAACAAUUGUAAUCAAAAAUGUGAUUUUAUUUUAGAAAAAUCUGAUAAUUUCGGGCUCUCCGAUGGUAGAAGUGGAUCCACGAGUGGUUUCGCAAGAGCAGACGACGGUUAUUCAAACAACAGUUUAAACAAUUUCAUAAAAUCAAUGGGUUUUAAAAUGAAACAAGUUAUGGUGGGAGAAAUAAAUACGGUUAAAAAUCAAGUGCCAACGAUAUCAAAACUUUGUGAUGAACAAUCAAUGCUUAAUAACAUUGAAAUACAUUGUUGUGCCGAUGAAUAUUGUAACAUUGAAAGAAAAACGACGACAAAAGAAGAAUCAAAAGUUGUCGAAGAUGAUGGAACAACUUUUGAUCUUGGCCAAUCUAAACCGAAUUCUCCAGAUCUAUGA